AUGUUGUUAGAUUUAAGGUUCAGAAAACUCUUCACAUUACACGAUAACCGCCUGGUUAACCAAGAACUGUCUAAACUCAACCUGAGCUUUGAUGAUAUCACGGAGCUAAACGUCUCAGGAUGCCAUCUGGAUGAUUUAUAUGGUAUAGAAGUCUUCAAGAAUUUAGAAAGGCUGGAUGCGUCGAACAAUAAUAUCUCACUGCUAGACCCAUUGGUAUCAUUGAACCUAGUUAGCCUAAGACUGAACAACAAUAACGUUGAGUACCUGUAUAUAAAGGAACUUGAUAACGGAACGGUAGUUUUGUCAUCAUAUAGGGAUGCCAAGCAUAGGGAUUCAUUUACGAAGUUCGACUCUGAAAACAAAAAACCUGGUAAAUCCCAUAAACAAACCCGACCUCUAGAAUACGUCGAUUUGAGCUCAAAUGAGAUCAAAUUAUUUAAACAUUUAACACCAGGAGGGAAGCUAAGUUUUGAAGUUCUUAACUUAUCCAAUAACAACAUUUCAAAUUUCAAUGCCCUGGAGUAUGUAAAAUGCUAUAAGACCUUGGACCUCUCAUUUAACCAGCACCUAGAUUUGAAACAUUUAAACAAAAGUACCUUGUCAGAUGAAUGUAAAGUAUACUUGCAAUAUACUCGUUUAAAGAAUGAGCACCUGUUGCCAGGGAUACUUGACAGAUAUGAAAAUAUCCUCGUUCACCAUGAAACAGAAGUAGUCCAACACGAAAGACUGGUAAGCCCAUACAGGUUACACUUGGACAAUGUAAGGAAUAAAAAGUUCGUUAGCACAGAUGGAGAAUACGCAGAUUUCAUGUACGAAGGAGAUUCAUACCCCUCAGAACUUAUGACACCUAGGUACCUAGAUACUGGAGACGUAGUACCUAAUGUUCAAUAUAAAGGGAAGCCUGAAAAUAGACUUUCCCAAUUGGAAACAGAGUCCACAUACGACGACAAUGAAAAUAAAUUCGUGACGAUUCCGUCAAUAGAAAAUGAAAUUUCAGAAGGAUACGAGUUUGAAAAAUAUACAAGAAUCUCACACAUGGCCCCCAAUUCGUCAAAUGUAAUAUCAGAAAGAGAAUUUGAAACUGACUUCAAUCAAUUGGACUUCCUCAUUUCUUCCAUGGAAUUAUGUAAAAAAAUUGAUAUGUGGAGCGAUGACAUAAAAAAGACACUAUAUAACGAUAUCAAGGAGUAA